AUGCCUGACCCUAAACACGGCGCAAGAUCGCCGUUGCAGUACAACAUGAAGGCUCAGUCGCGCGUCUCCCCCGUCGCAUCCAGCCCAUAUCACCACACCCAUUCGUACGGGUCCCGUCCCUACAGGGUCAACAAGUCAACAACUUCACCCGCAACAUCGCCCAGAGCCCCCCACUCUGUCGGACAAGAUAUCCCGCCCAUGUUGUCACCGCCCAUCAACGCAGAGAAUAACCGGGCACCCAGCCCCAACUACUUCGGGCUUGUCGUUGAAACUGGCAGUGAUCCCAGAGACUCGUCUGGACUGGCGAACCACAACUGGAGCCCGAGCUCUUCCGUCAAAUCAUUUGCCGCUGCUCUUCCCAAGCCCGUCACUUUGGACCCGAAUGCCGAAUUUGAAGCCUUCAAGAAGGCUGCCGAUUUCAAUAGAGGCAGGUCUCAAGCUGCACCACCGUCCUCGCAUCCUGCCCCCGGACGACCUAGACCGCCGAGAUGGCACACAUUUACGAGCGACUCCGGCUCUGAUGCCUCGCUUACCAUGUCGAUCAGCGUCAAGGGCCGGUCGACCAACAAAGGUGAAAUUGAUCAGGACAGCCUUCAUGACUCUGCGCAUGUCUCGUCUGACUCGAAACGCAACUCGGAAUCGUCUCUGCGGCCCAACCAAAUCACAGGCAUGCUGCCAUUCGAAUCUCCGAAACAGAUUGACAGCUCUAUGCAAGGUGCUCACCUGUCACGAGAGCUGGUCAACGAAUCUCGACUUUCCCUAAGCUUGCCCAAAGUGGAGCCUCCGUCUGCUCAACUCAGUGAUGUCACUCGUGCGGUGACUUUGCCUUCGAAGCUGGAGCAGCCUGCACCGGUCAUGAUGGCGGGAGAACGGUUAAAGGACUUGAUGGAAACGGUGGGCUUGGAAAAGUUACUGCUGCUCGAUAUUCGAUCAUCCUCGAGCUUUGCGCAAUCUCGCAUCCGAGGCGCCCUCAACCUGUGCAUCCCGACGACCUUGUUGAAGCGCGCCACGUACAACAUCCAGAAAUUACAACAAACCUUUCAAAGCAGCUCGGCCUCGGAGCGAUUCUCCAAGUGGCGUGAGAUGGAAUGGAUCAUUGUCUACGAUGCACAUGCUUCUGACAAGCGUGAUGCUGUAACGGCUCAGAAUAUGGUGAAGAAGUUUACCAACGAAGGCUACGCUGGCAAAACGGCCAUUAUUCGCGGAGGAUUCACAAUGAUCAGCGCAACGUUCCCCGAUAUUGUUGACAAACGGAUCGGCUCACAGCCAUGUGCAUCGCAAAGCCCCAAGUCGUCGAAGAACGCAGGAAGCCUCGCCGCCGUCAUUGGCGGUGUUGGCCUCCCGACUUUGCAAAAUGAUGAUAAUCCCUUCUUUGCAAACAUUAGGCAGAACAUUGAUCUUGCGGAUGGUGUGGGCCAGUAUGACGUCGCACGGCCACGGGACCUGCAAUCCCCUCUGAUCCCCAAGUGGAUGCGCGAGGCAUCAUCAGAAGCUGAUCACGGAAGGAAAGUUUCCAAAAAGUUUCUGAACAUUGAGCUGGAUGAGCAGUCACGCAUGCGCGCUGCUUACGCCGCCUUUAAUCCCAAGCUGAAACAGGAAUGCAAGUUUCAGCUCUCAGGUGUCGAGAUGGGAACCAAGAACCGGUACAAGGACAUUUUGCCCUUUGAACACGCGCGAGUUCGUCUGCGGGAGGCUGGCAACAAGUCAUGCGACUAUGUCAACGCCAGCCACCUAUCCGCGUCGAGGAGCAACAAGCGAUAUAUCGCCUCCCAGGGUCCGUUGCCGGCCACGUUUGAGGACUUUUGGUCAGUCAUUUGGGAGCAAGACGUACGUGUUAUCGUCAUGUUGACUGCCGAGAGCGAAGGCGGGCAGCUCAAGUGCCACCCUUACUGGAAAGGAAGGGAUUUUGGUCCACUCAAGUUGAAGGCAUUGUCGGAAAAGAAGGCCUCUCUGGACCUUGACAAGCACCGAUCGCAAUCGAACUUUUCCCCGCCAUCCGCGACUUCUACCGAGAGCGGGCGUAGAAGAGCAAACACGACAAGCAGUUUCCAGUGUGUGCCCCAAGCUACUCCGGAGCCCGGCGGCAAAGACACGCCGCACGUGACGAUUCGAAAGUUUGCUCUGUCCCAUGCGGCGCAUCCGUUUGCUCCCAUGCGAGAGAUUACUCACCUACAUUUUUCGGCGUGGCCAGACUUUGGAACCCCCGCUCAGCCUGGUCACCUGCUAGCCCUGGUGGAGUUGGCCAACGUGAUGCAGCGGGCUGCGAUGCCGGUUGAGACGUCGGCCAUUGUUGGCUGCAAGGCGCCGAUGACGGACUCGGUCGUUCCGGCUACCUGGUACGACGAGCCAGAACAAGAUGGCAACUCGCGGCCGAUGCUUGUGCACUGCUCCGCUGGUUGCGGAAGGACGGGGGCCUUUUGCACAGUCGACAGCGUCAUCGACAUGCUGAAGCGUCAACGACGGGCCAAUGUAGCCUCGUCAAGAUGUCGAGACAAGGACGGGGAUGUAUCGAUGAUGGACGAGCCCGUUUCCCCUACGACGCACCGGGGUCAUGCGUCUCCAGGCUUUUUCGAUAGGGGUCAGGGUGGACAUAAUUUUCAGACGUGGGAGUCGUCGGAGAUUGACACCAGCUGGCUACACAGCGGUGACGUUGACCUGAUACAAAAGACGGUGCAGGAAUUCAGAGAGCAGCGACUGAGCAUGGUGCAAACACUUCGCCAAUACGUGCUCUGUUACGAGACAGUGUUGGAAUGGCUGAGCAGGGUGCAGGACAAGGCAUCCAACACCGUUGCUGCGCGAGCGCGGAGCGGCAGCCUGAAACAAGUGCGGCACUAG